GCUGUGUUCGUUUGUCUUUUCCAGUGCAAACCGCCCGGCCGCGAAGAUGGACUGGAGCACCCUGCAGACCAUCCUGGGGGGUGUCAAUAAACACUCCACCAGCAUCGGGAAAAUCUGGCUCACCGUCCUCUUCAUCUUUCGCAUUAUGAUCCUGGUUGUGGCCGCAAAGGAGGUGUGGGGAGACGAGCAAGCUGAUUUUGUCUGCAACACCCUCCAGCCCGGCUGCAAAAACGUGUGCUACGACCACUACUUCCCCAUCUCUCACAUCCGGCUGUGGGCCCUGCAGCUGAUCUUUGUGUCCACGCCGGCGCUGCUGGUGGCCAUGCACGUGGCCUACCGGAGGCACGAGAAGAAGAGGAAGUUCAUCAAGGGGGAGAUUAAGAAUGAAUUUAAGGACAUCGAAGAGAUCAAAACCCAGAAGGUCCGCAUUGAAGGGUCCCUGUGGUGGACCUACACCAGCAGCAUCUUCUUCCGCGUCAUCUUCGAAGCCGUCUUCAUGUACGUCUUCUACAUCAUGUACGACGGCUUCUCCAUGCAGCGCCUGGUGAAAUGCAACGCCUGGCCCUGCCCCAACACGGUGGACUGCUUUGUGUCCCGGCCCACGGAGAAGACUGUCUUCACCGUGUUCAUGAUCGCAGUGUCCGGCAUUUGCAUCCUGCUGAAUGUCACCGAAUUGUGUUACUUGCUCAUUAGAUAUUGUUCUGGAAGGUCCAAAAAACCAGUUUAACGCAUUGUCCAGCUGUCAGAUAAAAAAAUAGACAGCAAGAAAAGGAUGAGGCAACCUGUGCUUCGCUGUCAAGGCUCAGUCACCAGCAUUUCCCAAGACAAAGAUUCUGAUCUUAACGCAACCAUCUGAACCCCUGCAGGCCUCGCUCGAAACUCCAGACGCCUCGGUGGAGCUCUGCUCUCCCAGAGCUUCAGAGCAAGGGCCUGACUCGAUGCCUGCGUUAAUUUUUACUCAAGUUAGUUCCAAAAAGACCCCGUGCCAUACGCGUUAUUGAUGUAAGGUACUUUCAUAUCUUACUCUGUCUCUGAGGACAGGAAAGAAAGGCUGGUUUCCAAAACGGACACUAAGAAGCUUUGGGUGUCUUUCCUAGCGUUUCCUUUGCCAAUUUUCCCUGAAUUAAAGGUAAACAUAGAGAAUCUCGGUUCUUUUAUCUGCUUUGGAAGUUUUAAUUUCUAACAAUGGACAAAGUUACCUAAUGCAUCAAACCCUGUUAUACUUUUUUUAAGAGAAAACUUUAAAGUAAGAUAGGUUCUUUUGAUCUAAAGCUAUUCUGGAUACUAUUAUGUUUCUCCUAUUUCAGCGGCUCAGAUUGUGAUAUGUGAAUGGUAUGUAAUUGGACACCAUGCCUUAAUUUAAAAUAUGGCAUUUUGGUUAUGAAUAGUUCUCCGCGCAGCAGAGAGGCCCUCCAUCAUGUUAACUGUGGCGCCUGGUACAGAACAACAUUGCAGCCUCUCUCAAGAGACACGAACUUUCUGAGAGUGAUGGCCAAUGGCAGCAAAUGGCCUCAUUUCAAAAAUUUCGGUGUGAUGUUGCGUCAUGCAGACCGGAUGCGCCAGCACGUACCACCUGUGAUGCAGGCUGGCUGCCCGCACUGCCCUUGCCAGCACAGUGGCGAAGGUCGCCGGCGUCCGGAGGAACGCAGACGUGAGAGGCUGCUUGGGACUUUCGUGGGCACGGUACGAUUUAAUGGUGCAGGCGGAACAGGGCCGGAGGAGGGAGGAGUUGCUGCUGUUAGAGAACAGAGGGAAAGACCAGACUCUAAAUUCUGUUGAUUAAAAAUGAGUUUCAUCUACUUCAAAUGUCUGUUUGCUUCCCUCUUCAGCAUCCAAUUGUUUUUAAGUAGAAAUAGAACUAAUACACAUUUGAAAAGAAUAGAAAGGCUUUAGAUAAAUAUUUAGCAGUUCUACAGGACAAAUGAACCCAAAUAUUACCAUUAUGCUCAGCAUGGUUUCCAAAAAAAGGUACUCAAUGAGAGUAAGCAUUUCCUGUUGCCAAGAAUAGCGUUGUAAAAACCUUUUGUAAUAAUAAAUAAUAAUAGCUUUGAUUACAUGCUUGUAACUGAAAUAAUUUUGU